AUCUCGACUCCAAUCAGAUCGUCAUUCAGUUUACCUGCCCGUCUUACCCGAUUGACUAGCCACAUUUUUUGCUCUUCCGUUAGCAUACCAACUUUCUGACAAAUGCAUUUCAGGCGCAUUGCGGUGUUUCUGUUCUUCGUGUUUUCAUUGGUGGACGUUCUAACUGCUGCUGCGACGGAGAGAUCAGCAUUUGCAUCUGCCAUCGACACAAUUACUGCAGGCUGGGGCAGCGGACGUACUGCAAACGACGGCUGCAUUUGGAAAGGCACUUCCCCAUUCUGCGAUGGAGGGUGCGCUGUGGUGGGACAUGUCGUUCGCCAAACCAGCACCAUCGGCGACGGGGGUAACGUGUUUGACUGGACUCAAAGUCCUUUGCUGCCCUUCUGUGUCGCCAAUGGCGGCCAAUGUCACUGUGUAAACAGGGAAUGACAAUUUCUAGCUAUUUCACAUUAUAUAUUCCCCUGAAUAUGCAUUUAAUCAGAGGCGCUUUACAUAAUAAUCUGAACUCAAAUUUUCUUCUUUACGCUGCUAUUGCGAAAAGAAUUUAAAAAGCUCAAACCAUUGGCUUGCUUUCUUAUUAUUCCUUCCGCUAUACUUAUUAAAGCAAAGUGUUUGCGCAAAUAAAGAAAUUAAACUGUA